AUGUCAGAUACAGCAGACCUGGUGGAAGAAAUGCCCGCCGGCCGCGACGGUGAGCUUCAACAGCCGUCCAUGGAAGAACGUCAGCCGGUUCGACGAAUAGUGCCUGAAAUAUUUUUUGAAACACAGAAUUACUACCAGCCACAGCCGCAGCCGCAGCCGCAGACGAUCAGCCGGCGCACCAACGGAGGGCGCAUGCGUCUCGAUGGCAAACCACCAGAGGCACCGCAGAUCCAGACGCCGGUACAGCCUGCUGCUGCCCCGCGACUACUGCAAUUGUCAAGGAGGGGCAGGGGGCCAGUAUUGGAGAGAAUGAAAAUAAGGGCUGCCUCAGAGGCGUCUCGUGAGAAUGGAUCGGGCGGGAAAGCUGCAGUGCAACAAAAGCGAUUUUCUCGUGGUGGCACAGCGACUCGACGUUCUCCUCAUGGCGAUGGGAGGUAUGGUGCUUACGGAAAACUUCUUCGAGAUGCGGCAAGGGAGCUUGCGAUGCGGUCUCCUAGCGGAGUUCGGUCGGCAGAUGGAGGGUCACCGGCUAGUUCUGCGCGAAAGAAGGAACGCGGUCGCUCCAAAACGGCUUCUUGUGGUCGUGUUUCUCCUGAGGCUACACCCACGAUUCAUUCCUUUUCUGUUUCCGCGAGAGGCAGUACAUCGCGUGAACGAAGACAGCAGAAUGUAUCUGCGACCAAAGACAGCCCUGGGGACAUUGGGGAAGCAGUGGCAACUGCUAGCCGCAAUGGCGGGAGGCAAAGCAGCUCCUCCGUCUCUGCUUUGCGGCGUGUGGUGCACCAGCCGGGCCCCAUUAGACCAGAGAAUGGAUGUGUCUUACCUUUACCCUGCCAGAUGGCGAGAAGAAAAGUGGGUCAUGGUCGUCUGAUAGUCUUUGAUGAUUUGCUUUGGAAGCGCGAGAAAGAGCACCGAUGGCCUCUUCCCAACGGGGAAACAAAAGUGAUUGCUCCAUCUCGUGUCCCUCAGCUGACUACCGAGGCACCGGCGCUACCUGCAGUGCUGGAGGUUGCGCUUGCCGAUCAUUACCUUGCGGUGCUUAUGACAUGCCCACAGUCAGAGGUGGAACGUGUCGUCGCGAAGCUCUCGCCAAAUGGCUUCUCUGAGGUGGUGCAGUACCUGCGGCAAACGUACAGCGCUUACUUUUGCCCCAACACGCGAAAUUACACAUCCGUUCAACCACAGCCAACUCAGAGUGCUCAGCGAGCAGAGUGGUUGAUAAAACACCGUCGUCACGUGCAGGGCAGAACGCGCUCUAUUGCGUCUGGCAAUGCGAAGAAGAGCAAUGCAAACGGAACUUAUAAUCCGAUUUCAAAGGAGGUGCGCCAGUUCUUAAAGCUAUUCACGCGGGAGGUAUGCAUGACGUUCAUGGAUGAGGGGUUCGCAGCGUGUACGAUGCGUCGCGAACGUGCGAGGGCAGAGCAGCCACAAGAGGUCCAGGCUCGUGGAGUGCCACUACCGGCAGAUGUGUUGGAUUCUUUAUACAGCCAGGUUGUUACUCAGCUGCUCUUCCAGAUUCUCGGGUGGACUGAAAAAGAGGCGUCGCGAGUGUUACAAACGGUGGUGCGGCAAAUAAAGCGAUGCUUCCCCCCUUCUCCCAACCUAAGCCCGCAGAUGUGA